GCACAUCUAGGAAAUCCAUGUGGACAUACGUUCUGUGGGGAUUGCGGAUGGCAGUGGAUUUCGAAAAGCCGAAAAGCUCCAACUUGCGCUGUCUGCAGAUCAAAACUGUUCGUCAAGGCGCCGAUGAUACCGAACUUUGCCAUGGACAACACGAUCGACAAGCAUAUACAGGCUCUCGUGUCUAGCGGAGAUGAGGGAUGGCGAGAAGGUGGGUCUAAGCUAGCAGAAUGGCAACGGCGAAAAAAGUGA